UUUAGCUGGCUGACUGGUGCUUCUCGAGCUGUGGCGGGUUGCCUCUGUAUAUCAAUAUCCACAGAGACAAGAAUGUCUGCAAACGAGAGGAAAACUUACGACUUGGUGGUGGUCGGCGCGGGGAUGAUGGGCUCAGCUGCCGCUCGCCAUGCGUCGCUCAUUCCCGCCACUUCCGUGUGUCUCGUCGGACCCGAGGAACCCAAGGAGCGCGAGGGCCGAGACAUCUUCGGGUGUUGGUUCGACGAAGGACGAGUCUACCGCCGCGUGGCCGAAAUCCACACUUGGUCCGUCCUCGCCACAGAGUCCGUGGCCAGGUACUCGCAGCUAGAGGAGGAGACGGGUAUCAAAUUCCACACCGAGGUUGGUUACCUGCACGCGACGCCAGGCACUCAAGAGUUCGAAGAUUUGAUGACAGUUUCCCGCCGCCAUGACCUGGAGGCAGAGGACAUCACGACUUCUUGGAGGACGAGAUUUCCUUAUCUCAACUUCGGCGAUGAUUGUCUGGUCUUUUGGGAGAAAAAUGCGGGCCACCUGAGUCCGCGUGACCUCGUCCGAGCCCAGCAAACAGCCGCCAGUCAGCACGGGGCAGACAUCAUGAGGGAUGUUGUGAUUGAAAUCAUACCGAGCGAUGCUGGCGCACACAAGUGGGAGGUGAGAACGGAGCGCGGGCGUGUGGUGCAUGGGCGCCGCGUGCUGGUGGCCGUGGGCGGCUCUUCUGCCCUGCGGCCACUCUUCCGGCACGUGGUCCCGGGGCUGCUGCCGAACUUGCAGUUGAGGACGCAGACCGUGGCCUUUCUGAAUGUUGCGGAGGAAGAAGCUCAACGACUGAGGGACCUCCCCACGUUCUUCACUAAUGAGAGUUUCGAAGACAUGGACGGUGGAUACGUUCUUCCGCCUAUUAAAUACCCCGACGGUAAAUGGUACCUUAAGAUGGGCCACAACCGCCGACAUGAGGACGACCUGAAUCCAAAUGAGGUGACGGAGUGGUACAUACACCGAAGGGGGAACAGCGAGUGUAUAGAUAAGUUAGGGAGAUUCAUGCAACAUCUUAUGCCGGACGUGAAAAGCCAAGGGCUCUCUGGCGACGGCUGCCUCACCUCCCACACGCCCAACCAAGAACCCUACAUCGACGUAAUCGCAGACGGCUUCGGGGUGGCCCUUGGAGGCAACCGGUGGGCGGCGAAGUCCAGCGACGAGAUCGGACGUCUGGCAGCGCGGCUCGUAGUCCUCGGCGAGUGGCGCUCCGAGAUUCCGAAAGAGCGCGUUCGAGUCUUAUGGAAAGCUCGGUCGCAUUUGUGAUUUUGAAGAAUUUUUGUUUGUAAUGGAUGGGUGGAUGGAUGGAUAAGCGAUUGACGAUGGAUGGAUGUGUAUAUAUGAGGUGUGGUCGAAAAUUAGCCAACCUUUGGCUAUAAAACUAAACAUGAUGAUAAAACAAGUUUUAUCAUCGAAGUAUACUUAUCCACUGGUCCUCAACACACAACCAAAGGGUCUUAACAAUAUAUCUAACUUAUCUUGGAAGUCCUAUUUUGAGAGCAUACUGUGUUACUUCGAUGUGUUUUCCAUGUAUUGCAAGAAUAUAUCAGAAGGUCAAACAACUAGUAACGAGUAUUACCUCGGAAUUUGUUUUUCUUUCGCUCUUCUUUCUUCUUGUUUUAAUAUACAUUGUGUCGUAAAAAUAAAAAAUAAAAUAAUAAUGUGGACAAUGUCCAGCUGUCGCCUUCACUAGACAACACUUCCAUCCAGUAAAAAUUGAAGUAAAUGAGACGAGUCAGCCACUGGCCCGCUUGGACAUCACUUAGACUAUGCACUUUUGUAGAUAAUAUUUUUUAUCACUUUAGAACACGUGUUGGUGGCAAGAAAGGUAGUAUUGAGAAUGUUGGGUGUGGAAUUCCUGGAGAACGACCAUUAAAAGUGAGAAAAAGGUGGACGAGAGUGCAAAUGCCAAGAAGUAAAGGUGUUGGUACUGUGGUACUGAGGAUAAGAUAAGUGAGAGAUUAAGAGUUCGAGAGUUAAAGGGAAUGGAGAUACAGUUGAGAUGUACUGUGCAAGAGAAAUGUAGGGUGUCAAUAAAAUAGAGGAAGGUUGUAGGAAAGAUGGAUGAAUGAUGAAAUGAGGAGGUAAGUGAAAUGGUCACAUAAUUAACAAAGGCCUUUGACUGUUGGUUAAGUGACAGCAAUGUAUGGGCAUGCAAAAUUCCGCAGUAAAGAGAUCGGACUGGUUGGUGUCAGGAGGGGCAUCCAGGGCGGCACUGUCAAAAGCAAAAAUGAAGAACAGGAUCAAUUGCAUUCUGUUAACAUCAUGCACAGCUAACAGCUAAGCACAGACAUCAUAAUGGUUCGAAAGACAUAAUGGCAGCAUGUAUCUUUUGGUGGGAAAUAGGUGCUGAUAAGGUUAUACAGCGCCACGCGAUGGAUGGCAAUCAUGCAGUUGUUUUAAUGUAAUUUGUCACGUAUAGCAUAAAAAAAAAAAUGCAAAUUGAAGCGAAUGCAAUGGAAGAAUUGCUUGUUUUCAAAAUAACUAACAAAAAUAAUAUUCAUGCAUUCAGUUUGCUGUGCUAUUCAGCACAUUCUCUCCGCGGAUUAUUUUAGUUCUGAUCUACAUUUGCAUUGGUUCAUGGAAAGAUUUUCUGAUUUAGCUUCCUAGGUAGCAGGGGAGUUUAUUUAGAACAUACAAAAUCACAAUUUGCAAAUUGGCUAUUGUACAUACACGCGUGUGUGGACCGAGACUUAUUUUUACUUUGUUUGUUGUGACAAGUGAUUACAUAACACAGGGUGUUGUCUUCUCCAUCUUAAUAUGUUCCUCCCUGAGCCCACAGAGAGACAGAGACAGACAGACAAACAGCAGAGAGAGAGAGAGAGAGAGAGAGAGAGAGAGAGAGAGAGAGAGAGAGA